CGUGCGCCAAACACGAACCCCGUCCUUCUCCUUCCGGCACACCGGCUUCUCCUUCGAUCUCUUUCUUUGUCAUCGGAUCUCCGAACCCAACUGCGAUGCCGGGCACCAUCCAAGUCUCAGUUCUUGAGUUGAUGGAACCUCCUCCAUCUGCUUCGCCAGCACUAACCGACGCGAAGACGAGAUCUCUCUCUUUGAAAGUUACCGCGGGAAAGAGGGAGUACGAAACAGUGGGGAAGAUGGAAAUCACAUUCCCAGUUGUGUCUCUGAGGGAGAACCUGGUGGUGAUGCUGUACAGUUUAGACGGGAAUUUGUUGUCACGAAUAGAGUUCAAGACAUUGUCAGUGGUUGAAAGGGGGAUGCUGGAUGAUACGUUUCCUCUUGAAGGUGGUGGCACUGUCCGUGUGAGGCUGCAGUUCUUACUCAGCGAAGAGGAACGCCUGAGGAUCCAUGAACUGAGGAACUCUACACUUAGAAGGAAACAUGGGGAGAUGCUCAAGGAAGGCCUUGAGAGAGAUAACAUCAAAGAUAUGAUGCUGACUUGCAAUGCUGAACACAAUAUAGAAGGAACUGUAAUUACUCAGCCAAAGCAUGCUGACCAAGAUGAGUGCAGUAAUCCAUCAAUCACCCAAGGUCUUGAAAAGCACUCCCGGGACUCUGAGAAUGACGCCUGUAAAUUAAGUGUUACAGAUAAAGGAAAAAGCAAGAGAAUAUCAGCUAUAAAAGGUUUUCAAGAAAGGGACACCAUCCCAGAAGAUAGUUCAGAUCUUCAUAGAGAAUUUGCAGCAUCUCUAGGACCAAGAAAUGCUAGGGAAGAAAUCAUUCCCUUCUCUAUUGAGUUGAAAGACCAUAUUCAAAGGAAUGAGAAGAAUCCUUUGGCAAGAAGCACAAGAAGCAACAUUUGGAAAAUGAUAAGUGCCUUUGAAAAUAGCCUAUCUCAGGGACUAGGACAUCCUGUUGACUCAGGUAUAUUAUCGGUCGGAAAGAAUCAAAAUGAACAAUCUUUGAAAAGAAUAUCUUCAGAAGAAAGCAUGGAGAAAAAAUUCUUUGGCCAAACCAUGGCUAAGUCAUUUUCUGUAGAGACGCUUUCUGAUAACAGUUUACAAGACAACUUGAAAAUUCCUGAACGACCACAUCAUGAGAAUAAGGAACGAAGAGACAUAGAUAAUGCCACCAAGUUGGAAGACAUAGUAAAUUACAAUCAAAUUUUGGAUUUUGAGAAAAAGGUCAAGAACAAAGGAUCGGAUCAGAAAAAUAAAUCUCUGCAUGCUGCACUGUGUCAAACUUCUGAAAGCAUAAUUAAAGUUCAAAAACCAAUCAUGACUGACGACAACAUCUGUUUAGGUGGAUCUAUAGAACAAAUGAAUGUUCAAAAACUGAAGGCCAUAUAUGCUGGACAUGAUCCAUGUAAUGAGGCAAAACCAAGGAUGGAUAAAGCACAUGCCUGCUAUAUGGCAACCGAUCAGAAUGUUGGCAAUGAAGUAAACGCAUUUCUGCAUAAAAAUCAAAAUGAAGAUCGCAAAUUUCAGAAGGAAACUAACCGAUCAAGAAGUAUAACUUCUGAGGCUGUCAAUGUUGAUCCUAGUACCAGGACAUACCAACAAGAGUGCUUGAUUAAUACAGCUCCAGAGGACUUGUACUGUAGAUCCUGCAGAGGUCAUUAUGAAGAACUAGUGUCUGGGAAUUCAUUUGAAUCAAUAGGACUUUUUUAUACUCAGACAGAAGAGUAUCUGUGGGGUACACUUGGUAUCUGGGCACCACGUCACCUGUGCAUUACCACUGGAAGCAAACAAUUGAGAAAUCUUCUUGAAAGCUGCAGGAUAUGUCUAAGAUCAUUGUCAGCGGAGGACAAGUCCAUGGACCGAAACAUACAUGAGCAUUACCAACGCAACUCAAAAGAUUACGCCAAUGGUGGGCUCUCAUACAUUGAAAAGAUGUUUAGUGAUUCAUCCGUUUCAGUGAUAAAAAAUGAGAAUGUGUCACGCAGUCCACGAAAACUGAACCAUGAAAACUUGGUCAGCACAUCAAAUUCGAAUGGAAGGCUGAUCGACCAGGGAGUACGAAUCAUUAUCGUAAUAAUUGCUUGUGGGACACUUCUGCUGCGUGCCAUAUAAGGAAAUCUGAGGACCUUGUACAUCUGCUGGAUUUUUUUCUCUGGCAAUGUAUCAGCCAAGAGCAAGAUUGCCAUUGGUAUACCGAGAACAAGAUGAAUAGAAGAAAGGCAGGAGAUUGCAAGAGUAACAAAACGGGUGGAUUUCUUUCCUUUUUUUCCUCCAAGGUGAUGUACAUAAGAAUGGUGGGGAAUCGCAGAGAGUAACAAAACGAAAAACAAAAUCGGAGAUUUUUUAAAGACCCAUACCCUGUGAGAUUUUACAGCAGUUCUUUUGGGGGAUAAAAGUAGGAUGUUUGUAUGCUACCCAUCAAUAAAAGUUCCUUUUUACUGAAAAAAAAA